AUACUGAACAAUGUGACCAAUCAGCAAUGGCCGCACCCCCAUUCCUCCCGAAGGUAUAAGAGGGCGGGAUGUGGCCGCAUUGCAGAAUUCUCUGUGAAAGUGUUUGUGAGAUUGUGGCGAUGUCUGGGAGAGGAAAGGGCGGUGGCGGGAAAGCUCGGUCGAAGGCGAAGUCUCGGUCGUCCCGGGCUGGGCUGCAGUUCCCGGUGGGCCGUGUUCACAGGCUCCUGAGAAAGGGUAACUAUGCUGAGCGUGUGGGUGCCGGAGCGCCGGUCUAUCUGGCUGCGGUGCUCGAGUACCUGACGGCUGAAAUCCUCGAGCUGGCCGGUAACGCGGCCCGGGACAACAAGAAGACCCGCAUCAUCCCCAGGCACCUCCAGCUGGCCGUGCGCAACGACGAAGAGCUCAACAAGCUGCUGGGAGGGGUGACCAUCGCUCAGGGCGGGGUGCUGCCUAAUAUUCAGGCCGUGCUGCUGCCCAAGAAAACCGCCGCUGCGGGCGCCACUAAAAAGUGAAGGGGCCGUUCUGUAACCUGACAACCCAAAGGCUCUUUUAAGAGCCACCCACAACAUCAAUGAAAAGCAGUUAGACUGUCA